GAUGCUAAAGUACGCCGAGGAGGAUAUUUUUGACCAGACCACCAUCAGCAGUGCAAUUCUCACGUUCUUUCUCCAUAGCUUUUGUCUGUUCUUUCGCAUUCUCUACUGCUCAUUAUUUUCUUUUCUUUUUCUUUUCUCUUGCUUUCUUUGUUUCUGUGUGCUUGUGUGUGUGAGAAAGAGAGAGAGGAGAAGCGGGUUCUUGUCUAAUGGUUGUUUGAGUGAGGAAGAAUGAUGGACUGGGAAAAUAAUCAAGAAAAUCAAUAUCAACAGCAAGAAAAUCAGAAUCAGAGAGAAAAUAGAAAUGGGAAUAAUAUCACGAGUGUCAAUGGAAAUAAUGGAAUGCUGUACAUUAAGGUCAUGACUGAUGAGCAACUUGAAACUCUUAGGAAGCAAAUUGUUGUUUAUGCCACCAUUUGUGAGCAGCUCGUUGAGAUGCACAAGACCCUCUCUGCCCAGCAAGAUCUUGCAGGAGGCAGGCUGGGAAAUCUGUACUGUGAUCCAUUAAUGGCUUCUGGUGGACACAAAAUUACUGCAAGACAGAGGUGGACUCCGACACCUUUGCAGCUUCAAAUUCUGGAGCGAAUCUUUGAUAUGGGGAAUGGAACUCCAAGCAAGCAAAAGAUUAAAGAGAUAACCACCAAACUAAGCCAACAUGGACAAAUCUCUGAAUCAAAUGUGUAUAAUUGGUUCCAAAACAGGCGUGCACGAUCAAAAAGAAAACAAUUGGUUGCGUCAUCUAACAAUGCUGAAUCAGAAGUGGAAACAGAAGUUGACUCACUGAAUGAAAAGACAAAACCAGAAAUAUUUCACUCUCAACAAAUCCAUCCAAGGCCUGAUGAUUCGUGUUUCCAGAGCACCGAGAUAAACUCUGAACUGCAUUUCUUGGGUGUUUUACCAAAUCAAAGAGAUGACCAUCUACCAGGAAAGAUGGAAGUGCUGGGAAGCUACAUUCAUUACGAUCAGGCAGAGGACUAUGGCAUGGCAGGAUAACACUUAUUUUCUCUGCUGAUUCUAAUAAUUUGUUUGACAAAUUUUUAUCUUACUGGGAAGUCAUGGCUUUCUAAGAUAGUUUGUUCUCUUAACAAUGAGAACAAAAGACAAUUUAUACUCUUUAUUAGAUUAUACCAUGUUAAAGUGUAGCAGAGUCGGUUAUAGUUUUGAUGAUUGUUGUAAGUUGGAGAAUGGACAGACCUAAGGGUGUUCGGUUCCGGUUCGAUUUGGAGUUUGCCUAAGAACCGGAAUAGAAUGGAAAUUUCAGUACGAUUUCAAUUCA